GCGCUGCCGGACGAGGCUCCCGCCGCCGAUAGACCCGCGCUCCGCCCCGUAGCCCGGCCGGGAUCCUGGGAGCUAAUGUCAGAAGAAAGUGACUCUCUGCGAACCAGCCCCUCUGUGGCCUCGCUCUCGGAAAAUGAGCUGCCGCCACCGGCCGAGCCUCCCGGCUACGUGUGCUCGCUGACGGAAGACCUGGUCACCAAAGCCAGGGAGGAGCUGCAGGAGAAGCCAGAAUGGAGACUUCGAGACGUGCAGGCCCUCCGUGACAUGGUGCGGAAGGAGUGCCCGAACCUGAGCACCUCCCUGGACGACGCCUUCCUGCUACGCUUCCUCCGAGCCCGCAAGUUCGAUUACGACCGGGCCCUGCAGCUCCUGGUCAACUACCACAGCUGCAGGAGAAGCUGGCCCGAGGUCUUCAACAACCUGAAGCCCUCGGCCUUAAAGGAUGUCCUUGCUUCUGGAUUCCUCACCGUGCUGCCCCACACCGACCCCCGGGGCUGCCAUAUCCUCUGCAUGCGCCCAGACAGAUGGAUACCGAGCAACUAUCCAAUUACCGAAAACAUCCGAGCCAUAUACUUGACGUUAGAAAAACUCAUUCAGUCUGAAGAAACCCAGGUGAAUGGAAUUGUAAUUCUUGCAGACUACAAAGGAGUGAGCUUAUCAAAAGCAUCUCACUUUGGCCCCUUUAUAGCCAAAAAGGUGAUUGGCAUCCUUCAGGAUGGCUUUCCCAUUCGGAUAAAAGCAGUGCAUGUAGUGAAUGAACCUCGAAUAUUUAAAGGCAUUUUUGCCAUCAUAAAACCAUUUCUGAAGGAGAAAAUAGCAAACAGAUUCUUCCUCCAUGGGUCCAACCUGAACUCUCUGCACACAAGCCUUCCCAGAAGCAUUCUCCCCAAGGAGUAUGGGGGCACGGCUGGAGAACUGGACAUCACCGCCUGGAAUGCAGUGCUGCUGGCCUCGGAGGAGGACUUCGUGAGAGAGUUCUGCCAACCUGUCCCUGUCUGCGACAGCAUCCUGGGCCAGGCCCCGCCUCCUGAGGGGCUGACUCCAGAUGUGCAGUGUGAUGAUUCUCUGAGGGCCGUGAAAUCACAGCUCUACUCCUGCUAUUAGCCAGUCCCCUAUGAGUGCCGCCAUCUUUAAAUCCUUUCCUUUUUCUUUGGAGAGGCGCAAGGAGAGUCUGAGGUGCCAUGGAGUCUGUCUUGCUCCUUGUAAUUAAACUGCAGCCUGUAGAGCUCUGAGGGUAAGCCAUGGGGUAAGCCUUUGGUCACUCUUGAAUUAAUCCAUGGAAGACAUGGAAAAUGUCCCCAGUGAUUCUCAAACGUUGGGAAUCCCAGUUUGCAACCAUAAUCUGGAAGCUGUGUCUGGUUCAUAGAGAUUUUGGAACAAGAAAAAUCAGGACCAAAAUCAUUUUGGUUCCACAUUCCAAGAGAAAACCACCUGAUUGUCCAGUCAGCACACUCAUAUGAAAGAACCUGGCCGAGCCUACAAGGUGGCCACACCAGGAGACUUUGGAAGUUUGUGUCUUUCACCUGAACCCUAACUACAGACUUGUGUUGCUCAUCAGGAAGUUUCUAGUUUGAGGCCCAGGCCCUAGCUGCCACACUGGGUUUGGAAAGCACCUUAAUCGAAUCGUCAUGGGAGCAUCAGGACAUAAGCAGCACUUCCUGAUCAAAUUUGGGAGCCAGAGACUUGAAAGCACCUCUGGGAUUCAUUGACUGACUCUUGCAAUAGAAACAAGUUUUCCCCAAACCCAUAAAGCCUUAGCCCUGGUUCUCAAUAGAAUCAUACGGGAUCCUAGAGGUAUGUGAUUUUACUCAAAACGCUAGAUGCCAGGCCUGAGGAGCUGAAAGAAUUCUGGCCCAGGAAUGAAGAGAGCAGGGCUACAGCCCAGAAGUGUGACUGUGGACAAGACCUGGGCCUCUGGGCUCUGCCUUCUCAUCUGUAAAAUGAAGCUGGAUGAAAUGACGCCUAGGGCCUUGGCUG